AUGAGUAGCAGUCGUUUGACGCGCUCACGAAGAAGAGAAAGUAGCGGAGAAGAACCUUUUGUUAUGGAGAAUCCGCGGGUCCCUGAAACAAUUCCAUCGCCUUCAGUGGACCCUCUUCCAAUUCCUUCGACAAUCUCUCAAAUUGAUCUGCUGAAGAUCAUGUCUCAACAGCAAGAGGCUGCUGAGCGCCAACAACAGCAACUUCUUCAGCUGCUUCUUGAUCAACAAGAGCAGCGAAAAAGAGAACAAGAACAACAGUUGGAACAGCGAAAAAGAGAACAAGAACAACGGUUGGAACAGCGAAGAAGAGAACAGGAACAACAGCUGGAACAGCGCAGGCUUGAUAGGGAAGCACAAGAACGAUCCGAAACUAGUCUACACGAACUGUUCCGGACGACUGUGGCAGCUCUUUAG